GCGAAAGUGGAAAAAGGAGAAAAAAGUGGAGAGACCCUUACACUAUUUUGUAUUGAAGGCCACUCGAUUUCAUAGUCUUCUCCUUCUCUUUCUCCUUUUUUCCAGCUUCAUUUCCCUAAACUAACGUACCCUAAUUCCAUUCUAAUCCAAUACAAUUUCCUCUUUCUUUCCCUCUAAUUUCUGACAGAGAACGGUUGAUACAAUAUUCAGAUCAAAUCAAUUCAAUCGGACACCAUAUUAUCAUCCGAUCGCACCGUGCUUUGAUUCGUUCAUACACGCAGAGAGAAAAUAUACAACGAUGUCGUGUUCGUCUUCGUCGGGUUCUGAGUCCGAGGACGAUGAGGGAAUCGAUUCUUACAGGAAAGGUGGUUAUCAUGCCGUUAGAGUUGGCGAUCAGUUCGCUGGUGGCCGUUAUAUCGCCCAGGGGAAGCUUGGCUGGGGCCAGUUCUCCACAGUUUGGCUCGCUUAUGAUACUCAAUCCUCUAAUUAUGUUGCACUUAAAAUCCAGAAAAGUGCAUCACAAUUUGCUCAAGCUGCCCUUCACGAAAUUGAAGUCCUCUCAUCUAUAGCUAAUGGUGAUCCCUCCAAUUCGAAAUGUGUCGUGCGAUUGAUCGACCACUUCAAGCAUGCAGGACCAAAUGGGCACCAUCACUGCAUGGUCCUUGAAUUUCUUGGUGACAGCUUGCUGCGGCUAAUCAGGCAUAGUCGUUACAAAGGUCUAGAAUUGAAUAAAGUUAGAGAGAUAUGCAAAUGCAUUUUGAUAGGCCUGGAUUACUUGCAUAGAGAACUCUGUUUGAUCCACAAUGAUCUAAAACCUGAAAAUAUUCUUCUCUAUUCCACUAUUGAUCCUGCCAAGGAUCCAAUUAGAUCUGGGCUCACACCAAUUCUUCAAAGGCCUGAAGGUAGCCUUAAUGGUGGAUCUACAAUGAAUAUCAUUGAGAAGAAGCUGAAAAGGAGAGCAAAGAGGGCAGUUGCUAAGAUUUCAGAAAGAAGAGCUUCAAUGGGAGGAGCUACGGAAAAACCAAAGAAAUGCUUGGAUGGGGUUGAUGUCAGGUGCAAGGUUGUUGAUUUUGGAAAUGCAUGCUGGGCUGAUAAGCAGUUUGCAGAAGAAAUUCAAACGAGGCAGUAUAGAGCUCCUGAAGUCAUUCUGCGGUCUGGAUAUUCCUUCUCUGUUGAUAUGUGGUCAUUUGCUUGCACUGCUUUUGAGCUUGCUACAGGUGACAUGAUGUUUGCUCCCAAGGGUGGACAGGGUUUUAGUGAGGAUGAGGAUCACCUUGCUCUAAUGAUGGAACUCCUUGGAAAGAUGCCCCGAAAGAUAGCCGUAGGAGGAGCGCGAUCCAAGGAUUUCUUCGAUAGGUAUGGAGAUCUAAAGAGGAUUCGAAGGCUGAAGUUUUGGCCACUUGAUCGCUUGUUGGUUGAUAAAUACAAAUUUUCCGAGAAUGAAGCUCGGGAGUUUGCAGAAUUUCUUUGUCCCCUUCUCGAUUUUAUACCAGAGAAGCGGCCCACUGCUCAGCAGUGCCUGCAACACCCUUGGCUCAAUCUCAGAACUUCUGCACAGAUUGAGAUGAAAAAAGGUGAUAUAGAAAAAUUGCAUGUAGGGAUGAGCAACCUUCAACUAAAGGUGGGCAAGUGAAGAAGGGAUCCAUGGUCUUUGCACCAUUUUCAAGUCCCUCCCUCUACCUAUAUGGAUAUUGAUUGUAUUUUUUUGGUUAUUUUUUUUUGUUACAUUUUUAAUAAAGAAUUUUUUUAUUAUUAUCGAUUAACUAAAAUGUAAAAUAGUAAUUGAUUAUUUUGAGGGAAUGACACGAGGGAGAGAAACUAACUCCAAUGACUGGAA